AUGGAUUUGAGUCAAGAAGAUAGAAACAACCUUGAAGACAUUCUGAAGAUGACUCCAGAAACUUUAGAGUUGUUCCUGAAAAAUGUACAGAACUACUAUAUGGAACCAGGAGAUAAACAAAAACAAUAUGAAAUCUUUGUAAAAAUCUUGAUUGAACUGCAUAAAUCUAAAUCUGAGGAAUUAUUUGUGUCGUACCUAAGCCAAACUUAUAGAAAUCAAAAUUAUGAUAAACAAAUCAAAUUAAUUACAAAUUAUAUAUCUGAAAACCGAGAUAUGUUUUCCGGAAUUGGAGAUAGAUUUAUUGACCUAAAAUGGAGACUAAACACAAAGAUUGCUUCGAGAGCUGUUAAUCAGAUUAGCAAUUUUGAACCUAAAGUUACGAUUGAAGUCUGCAAAAGUAAACAAAACGCUGUAAAUCACAAAAAAAUCUUUAUACAUUCCUCCCCUUCAGUUCUCAAUCAUGUAAUUCAAAAGCUCGAACAAGCCUUAAUUGAUUCUAAAAAUGUCAUAAGAAAAGAACAUUGA